AUGGCUACCCCUUCCUCUGAUAGAGAAGGGUCAGCCUUUGGGGGUGGCAGCAAUUAUACCCCAAGUACUCCAAUGUCCCCUGAGGCAGCAGCAGCAGCAGCAGCAGCAGCAGCAGGUAGAAGAGGCCCUCAUGGUGGCCCCUCUCCUUAUACACUACAGCAGCAGCAGCAGCAGCAGCAGCAGCAGCAGAGGAGGGGACUAACAUUAGCAGAUAUAAGAAGAAGGAACUUAGAUGAGCAACAAGCACUAAGAGAUGUUGGACAUCUUAAGAGAUAUCGCGGGUAUAAAAUGAGUUAG